CCAAACCUGCAAAGCCACACUGCUCCGCUCACACCCCUCCUCUCUCUGGCUCUGAGACUCUCUCUCCCUCUCUCCUAUCCUAUUCUUCUAGAUCCAAGAAGGGGGAGGCAAGAAGAGCUGUAGGAGCACUGUAGAGAGCCAGUGGCGGAUUCGGAGGGUACGUGCAUGGCCAGCAGCAAGUGGUGGGAGCAGGCGGCACUCGACUUCCCGCCGCCGCAGCACCAGGCGGUGGCCAUGCCGGCGCUGGCCACGGCGCCGGCGCCCGCGGCCGCGGCCGCGGCGACCGGCGCCUCACCGGAGGGCAAGCAGCAGGGCCAGCAGCAGCCGGGCGCCAUCGUGCCGCUGCGGAGGCCGCGGGGGCGGCCGCUGGGGAGCAAGAACAAGCCCAAGCCGCCGGUGAUCAUCACACGCGACAGCCCCGACGCGCUCCACUCGCACGUCCUCGAGGUGGCGCCGGGCGCCGACGUGUCCGCGUGCGUCGCCGAGUACGCGCGCCGCCGUGGCCGCGGCGUCUGCGUCCUGGGCGCGUCGGGCGCCGUCGCGGACGUCGCCGUGCGCGGCGCCGCCGCGCCGCUCCGGGGCCGGUUCGAGCUCCUCUCCGUCACGGGCACCGUGCUGCCGCCCCCGGCGCCGCCCGAGGCGUCGGGCCUCGCCGUCCUGCUCUCCGCCGGGCAGGGCCAGGUCGUCGGCGGCUGCGUCGUGGGGCCGCUCGUCGCCGCGGGGCCCGUCACCGUCUUCGCCGCCACCUUCGCCAACGCCGUCUACGAGCGCCUCCCGCUACCCGACGCCCCCGACGCCGACGUCAAGCCCGACCUCUCCACCGCCACCUCGGCGGGGCAUGAGGUACAGCCGCCGCAGCUGCCGUUGGCCCCGCCCUCCCAGCACCAACCUCCGGCCAUGGGCGGCGCCGGCGGCUACGCCGACCACCGCUCGCCGCCGUACCCGUGGGGAGGCGGCGUGUGAGAGCAACCGAUGCAUCAUCGUUCUCGGCGUUCUUGGUUUUCUUGGUCCUAACAUUGACUAGAGAACUAGGUUUUGUCAAGGGGGAUUUCUGGGCUGAUGAUACUGCAUGCAGCAUGCAAGGAAUUGAUUCAUUGGUGCCCUCCUUGGGCUCUUGUAAUUUCUUUCUGCUUCGAUUUGUGAUUUUGUUGUGGGGAAAUGGAGUGAUUUGACCACAAGGAGCCAACGCUUUUGUGCAUGUACCAUUAGAUCAGCAUGGUGCUUGCAAAGUAGUACAUCAGGCAGGCCAGCCGAGUGUUUUAACUUUUAAUUCUGUGCUUAAUUGAGGUGAUUGUCCU